CUCAACCGCUGCGCGCACUCCACCCGCCAAACACCCAUACACUUGUACAGUCCUAUAGAGUACCUACGCAGUGGCAUGCAUGGUGUAUUUUUGCGCUCUUUUUUGCAUUUUGCUUUUGGCCCUCUCUCACCAACCGCGGGGGCUCAGAUGAACGCACGACGAACAAACACACAAAUUUAUCCACCGGCUUCUUCGCCCGGUUUUGUGUGCAUGUCACCCCAGGUGCGAGAUAUCCCACAAUCACACUGUAGCCCCAGUUCCGGUGCCUUAACCCUGCCUACCCGAAAGCUAGAGGCGCCGUUCAACCUUGCUUUUUGAAGGUUC